UUUUCAAAAGAUUAUUAAAAUGUUUUAUUUCAUAUCUAAUCUCAAAUAUUUUAGGAUAGUAACUACUGUCGACAUGACUGUCCAUUCAAAGUUAAUGGGUUCCUCUGGUGAAUAUUUCAAUACUUUUGGCAAUGAUGAUGAUGCUGGAUGUUACCAGGAGUCACAAUAUGAUAAAUUAUCACAAGAAACAAAAAUUUCGACUAAAAGCCAUAAAGUUCAUAGAAACCAUCAUAAUCCUGCUUUUGAUUUGGCAGUUAGAACAAUAACACGUCUUUCAAACCAAAAACAUUUUGAACUCAUGCCGGAAUACCAUCGCGAAAAUGUUAUGACAAGUGCCGAAAGGAAAGCACGAGUCAUGCAACCGAGGAGAAUUUUAAACAAUAAAAAAAGUAGAAAAACAUCAAAGUGUUUAACAUACGUUUACGACCAAUUCUCGCUAGAAAUACUUACUCAUCCUUUGGAAACGCACCAACAGCGCUCAUAUUCAUUCGCAAAUUGGUCUAAACCCGAACGAUGGCCAUUAGAACUUGUAAAUGCUGGCUUUUUUUCCUUAGGAGAUGAUUUAAAGUUACAAUGUUCAUAUUGUGGAAUCAAUACCGAUGUAAGGGAUUGGAAGGCUACUGACAAAGCUCUUGAUAAACAUGCAGAACUUAAUCCACAUUGUCACUUUCUUAAAGAUACAGGCUAUUUUUUCAAAUCACGUAUAAAUGAGGAUAAGAAUUCGAAAGAUAAAAUUCACAUGGACAAUCCAGAUUUGACCGUUGAAUAUGAUACAAAUAGUCCGUCAUAUUGUAUAAAAGAAAACUUUGAACACAAUGAUUCCUUACAUCCACCAAAAGGAAUAGUUUUUAAAUAUCCACAGUAUGCUUUUUUGGAAGUUCGAUUGAAGACAUAUGACAAAUGGAAAUUUGGAGAAAAACAGAUUCCUUGGAAUCUAUCAGAAAGUGGAUAUUUCUAUACGGGGGAGGGCGAUAUUGUACGUUGUUUCUGUUGUGACCUGGGAUUGGCUGAAUGGGAUGUUUCGGAUGAUCCAUGGACGGAACAUUCCCGACACAGCCCAAAAUGUUGGUUUCUUCUUCACGAAAAGGGGAAAGAUUUUGUAGAAAGGAUCCAGGCGGAUUGGCGUAAGAUAUAUAAUCCUAAACAUGCAGCGUAUGACGACAAACUAUCUAGAAUGGCUACCUUUGAAGGAGUUUGGCGAAGUGAUAUUGAACAAACAUCAGAGAUGCUGGCUGAUGCCGGCUUCUUUUAUGAAGGCGAAGAAGACACAGUACGCUGUCAUUAUUGUGAUGGAGGACUACGUAAUUGGGAACCAGGCGACGUCCCAUGGGAGGAACAUGCACGAUGGUUUCCAUUCUGUAAAUUUGUUAUCAAAAUGAAAGGGCGAGAGUUUAUAGACGAAAUUAAAGCUAAAUAUGAAACUUCCGCUCAAACAGAAACACAGGAACCCACAACUGAAACUUCAAUUCGAAACGGAGCGAUUGUCAAAUCUAUGCUUGAUAUGGGAUUUCAAAUGAAGGAUAUGAUAUAUGCAGCUAAUGAGUACACAAAACACGAAGGAAACAUACAUUACAAUACAGAAGACUUGUGUAGAAUCUUAAUUGAAAAACAAGAAACAGAAAAGCUAAACUUACAGUUUGGAGAAUUGUCAAUUGAUGAAAAUCAAAACGAAGAAGAUCCAGUGAAGGUCAGAGAAGUCAACAAAGAACUGAAGAAAAAUAUGAUGUGUAUUAGAUGUGAAAGAACUACCAAGUCAAUACUGUUUGUGGAGUGUGGACACAGAGUAACUUGUGAAACAUGUGCUUACGAUGUGGAUUUCUGUCCAUACUGCGACGUAAAAAUCAAAACCAGAUUGAAAACCUAUCUUUCAUAGCAUAAGAUAAUGAUUGCUUUUUAUAUAAGGUUUAAUAAAUUUAUAUCGGUUGUUAAAUGGUCACGCAAACUAAGAAAUCCUGUCGGAUUUGUUAAACACCUGCAAAAUAAAUUCUCAUUAUUUAUGUGACUUCAUCAUAUAGUUGUACACUUCAUAAACCAUGAUUGUAAA